AAGAAAAGCAACAGCACCUUGAACGAAGACUAUGACAUGUACAACGAAAGAACGUACAUGUACAGACAACCGCGCUAGCAUUUACUGAAGAUUUUGGCCACAUUUAUGGUUCAUUUUUUUCCGUCCUUGCUGAGGAUCUUGCUGUGACGCUCAUCUUCGUCUGUAUGUGCCGUGUGUCGGCUUUCAGCAGCUGGUCUUCAUUUCGGUAAUCGUGAGCAAACAUUGACCCUCCGUUAGGACGUUUGCCGAUUCCGCGGUGACAAUGGCCCGUGAAAUCAGAACGUUGCCCUUGAGCGUACUAUUUGUACUUUCCUUGCAAAUUGUAUGCCUGAGCUCAUCCCCAAACGGGCCCGAUUCUAGGUUCAGGUCCAACCAGCCUGUGUUCACCAAUACCUAUGCAGUCCACAUCUCUGGUGGCGUGGACAAGGCGGAUGAACUGGCCCAAAAGCACGGCUUUCUCAAUCUAGGCAAGAUUUUUGAUAACCACUAUCAUUUUUUGGAUCAUCAUGCCGUGGAUAAAAGAUCCCUCAGUGCUAACACAGAGAGGCAUCUACAUCUGAAAAAAGAAGAACAUGUGCAUUGGGUUGAGCAGCAGGUGGCAAGGAGCAGAAGUAAAAGAGACAAUGCUGUGCCUGCCAGGUCCCAGCUCAACGAUCAAUGGCCGCUGUGGUACCUUCAACGAGAACCAGGCCUCGAUAUGAAUGUGAUUCCAGCCUGGAAAAAAGGCUACACGGGCACUGGCGUCGUGGUGUCAAUUCUGGACGACGGAAUCGAGAAAAACCAUCAUCUGAGCGCCAACUAUGACCCUGUUGCCAGCUACGAUGUGAACGGUCGAGAUGACGACCCCCAGCCAAGAUAUGAUUUCACCAAUGAAAACAGGCAUGGGACAAGGUGUGCUGGAGAGGUUGCAGCAUUGGCCAAUAACAGUAUAUGCAGCGUAGGCAUUGCUUACAACGCAAAGAUUGGCGGAGUGCGUAUGUUGGAUGGAGAUGUAACAGAUGCAGUAGAGGCAAGAUCCUUAAGUCAUCGCCCGGACCAUGUAGAUAUCUACAGUGCCAGCUGGGGGCCUGACGAUGACGGCAAGACAGUAGACGGGCCGGGCCCGUUGGCCAAAAAGGCAUUCUGUGAUGGGAUCACUAAGGGUCGUGGUGGGCUAGGUUCUAUCUUUGUCUGGGCCUCGGGUAACGGCGGCCGGUCUAAAGACAGCUGCAACUGUGACGGUUACACCAACUCCAUCUACACCAUCUCAGUCAGCAGUGUGUCAGAGAGGGGCAACAUUCCCUGGUACUCGGAGCCCUGUGCCUCCACUAUAGCCACCACCUACAGCAGCGGCAGUACCGGUGAACAAGAAGUUAUAACGACUGAUCUGAAUCUGGGCUGCACUGACAAACACAGUGGUACCUCCGCCUCUGCCCCACUAGCUGCGGGCAUGUGUGCCUUGGCACUCCAAGCAAAUCCGCAUCUGACGUGGAGAGAUCUACAGCACAUCAUUGUCCUAACGUCCAGAUCCGAACACCUGAAUGCACCAGACUGGAUGACCAACGGCGUCGGUCGUAAAGUGAGCCAUUCCUAUGGUUACGGAUUGAUGGAUGCUGACGCCAUGGUAACCAGGGCCAAGAUAUGGAAUCGCGUGCCGGAGCAGCAUAUAUGCACUGAGAAUGCCCUGCCUGUACCAAGGGACAUCCCGGCCAGUGGCAAGCUGAUCAUCCACUUCAACACCACGGGCUGCCACGGAACAUCCAGCUAUGUCCAGCAUCUAGAGCACGUCCACGCCCGCAUCACACUAACCUUCGGCAAACGGGGGGCCCUGACUAUCAAACUGACCUCUCCGUUGGGUACAGAGGCCACCCUGCUGCCCCCCAGACAAAGGGAUUCCUCCAGGGAUGGGUUCACGGACUGGGACUUCAUGAGCAUCCAUUCCUGGGGGGAGAAGCCUGAGGGGAUCUGGACUUUGGUCAUACAGAACACUGGGGGGUUCUCGUACACUGGUACGCUCAAGCACUGGGCACUGGUGAUGUACGGCACGGAGGUGCAUCCCCUGGAGGACCACGUGGGCCCCAACAACUGCCCCAUGGGGGAGUACCUGGUCACCGCAGUCCAUACUGACAACACCACCGAGAACAACACCAGUAUCGUACACACCUGCCUGCCCUGCCAUCACACCUGCGAGACCUGCUUCGGGCCUGGUGACGAGCAGUGCCUGACUUGCCCGUACAGCUACAUCAAGCGGGACGUGUACUGUAUAACCGUGCAGCCGUAUGACGGGAAGAUCUUGCUCAGCAUGGUGUUCAUGUGUGCGAUCCUCCUCGGGCUGUUCCUCCUGUUCUUCCUGAUCCUGCAAGCGCACAGCCAGGGAUUCUGCCGCAGCUGGACAAGUACCGGCAUGUCCAAAGAGAACGGCUGUGAUUACGAAUACCAGGAACUAACAAAGGCCUUUGACGACUCUGGUGAUGAGGCUGAGGCCGAUGGAAAUGUUUUAUACACUGAGAAACCUAUACCCCCUAACUCCUACAUUUGAAGCAUCAUAAUGUUAUCUUAACUGCGGUGUGUACUUAGAAAUACAAUGUAAGUUGUGUGAUUUAAAAGAAAAUUAAAUAUAUCGUAUAUUUAGCCUUUGGAAAUUGGGUCAAUAUUGUGUUUAUACUAGAUAGUUGUUGAUCAUUUAUGGGCACUUUUGGUGUGACUACUUACACUGCUUUUAGUGCUUUUUGCCAAUCAGUUAUGUUUUCUACCGUCCUUGUAUUUAGUUGUAAUGUAACUCUAGAUCAAAUAAUUUGACACUGAAUGAAGAAAAGUCUGUCUUUUGAUUGAUUGUGGUGCAUGUCUGUGUCAUGUAUGCGUAGCGGAUCGCAAGUUGCGUAUGACGUCACAUGACCACAUACGCGUAAAGUUAUGACCCAUCCAGUGCGCUAAUCGUAUCCGUUCGCGUGCAGAACCUCUCUAUUGCAUGAAAGUCCUGUUGAGGUACACAAAUUGUCGACUCGACCAAAAUUGUGAAGGGGUUCGUUCCCCGGUUGUAGUCGGACCAUCACAAGUCAAUCAAAAGUCAAUCAAAAGUCAAAUCUCAAGUAGAACAAACAAUGACACAGGAAUUACUCUGUCAUAUAGGUAAUUUGUCGUACUGGAUGACGUGUGAUUAGCCUGUGAUGUCUUGCGAUUGACAUAGUCAAAAUUUUGACCCCCAAAAUUUGUUCUCACAAUAGCACAGAAAUGGCCAAUUUUCAAAGGAUGGUUGUGUGGACGUUUAUGUAUCCUACUUUUAAAUGCUCUUUCCAAUUAAUAUUAUUUCAUUUAAAAUGCGUUUUGUAGCCCAAUAGAGCGCUUUCCAGGAUGCAGUGUCCCUUUACUUUAUAUUUAUGUCCAUAUUAUUAUUUUGUAAUUGGUUAACAUGUAAAUUUCUUAGUCUAGUGUUUUGGGUUUAAUUUUGAUCAAAUGGGGCUACCACUAACACGUAAGUCUUCCCAAAAGGCAGGAGAAAAUAUUUGGUUCGUUUGUUUAGCAAUGCGAUCCUUUCACAGCGGUACUCGGACAACAAAUGUGGUAUCACAUGCAGCAUUUGUGUACCGCCUAACCAAAUAAUUUCACCCAUAUUCACAAAAACCUAUAGGUCUCUCUCAAAGAUGGCCAUCUCUGUAGGAGAAGCGCUUGUUGCUCGAAAUGUGUUCGAAAUGCGACGCUGCCGAUGCGCGUUAUGCAAGUUGACGCCCAAAAUGCUGAUGCACGUGGCUGGUCUGUAGGAAAUGAUGUCAUUUGAGAGCGACCUACAUGUACCCCCGGUAUACUGGUACAUUGUACAUUGUAAACGUACUUGUGAGAGUUAGCCCCAUUCGGUAACACUAUAGCUUUUUUAAGAGGCACGCUUUUUUAGAAUCUACAUGUACUUCCUAUUCUUACACAGAAUCCUUUGCCAGAUGUACACACACAUUGUAUCUGAAAAUUUAAUAUGUACACGACAUGAUGCUGUUUCCCACUAAUGCACAUCUUGCACAAGUUCUUGGACAAUUAUUGAUAAUAAGGUGUGUUUAACCUGAAUUGUCAUAUACAGGGUGCCCCCCCCCAAAAAAAAUGGAACAGCAUACUUCCACUACCUUGAGACUCAAACUACCUGUACCAAUGGAUGGAGAAUCCUUUUAGAAGAAUUAUGAUACCAAGAUCUCCCGAUUCAGUCCAGUAGUUUUUUGCUGCAGAGCUAUUUUGUGAAGCACACAUCUUUCAUGUGGGUAUUAUUAUGUAACAAUUAACCCCUCUAUCCAUUUGAGGAAAUCAUCGAGACAAUGACUCCCAAGUUUUUUUUACCAAAAUAGGCUCUAGAACAAAAAUACUGGACCGAAUCGGAUGAUCUUAGUAUCAUUUCUCUUUUAACAGAAUUCCCCAUGCAUUGGUAUAGGCUGUUUGAAUUUCAGGGUAGCGUUUCGUUUUUGGGGGAGCCACCCUGUAUAGAUAAAUCUGGGCACAUGAUUAGGCCCCCUUCAAUGGAGAAACCAUUGUGCAUGCUAUUGUACAAAGCAACUGCCCUGUGAUGGAUUAUCUGAACAAUAGCUAGCACAAUGCUUUCGCCAUUGAAGGGGGCCUUCGUGAUAGCGCGGGCAGAUUGUUCAGUAGAUCUAAGAUUUAAUUACAUGACGUUGUGUUUAUAGUGUCCAUCGUAUCUUAGAAUGUAAACCAGUUGUGUUGGAUUGCUGGAUGCUGAAAUUAUACAAUGUAGCUCUUCCUCCGGUGAUGACGCGAAUAGAAUAUUUAAGUUUGAAAUGUACCAAAUGUCACUCAGAGUUGAAUGGGAACAACCUGUGUACAUGUGUGUUGUACUCAAAUCAGUAUUUUUGUAAAUAAGACUGUUAACCGCAGUGUGCCUUUUGAUAAAAAAAAAUGGAAUCAUAUAUACAUGGAAUAGUAUUUUUAUUAUAGCCUAAGUAACAAAUGGUACAUGUAGUUGGUAAGCUUGGGGUUUGUGAUGAAAAUUGUUGCUUUUUAUUAUUAGGUGGAUUUGUGUCUUUAUACCGGUAUAUGUACAUGUACGUGCAUGCAAAAGAGACUAUGUUAAAAAAAAAACACAUUAAUGCGGAACAAAAACAAGUUUAGCCCAACCUGGCAAUUUGUUUCAUGGCGGGGGAAAAAAAUAGAAAUGACUUUUUUGAUCAGAUAGUGAAUGCUAGGGUUGGGCCAACAUGUAGUUGUACAUGUACCGGUAUGUUUAUGUAUUUUUUUGUUUUGUUUAAGUAUUUAAUUAUAUGUUUGGUUUUCACUUAGUUUCAAUUGAUAUGCUUGCAUUGCACUGCCUGGAUGUCUGUUCUUGUUCAUUACAUGUCUUCUGUGCAUCCACAAACCGGUCAGCAAGGUUGUCUACUUGUUUGUUGCUCGCCUCCCUAACCCAUCGUGGUUGGUCAAAUGUACUUGUUGCACAAGCCCACUACUUAGCUGCAGCAAACUGCAUACAAGUAUGCUAAAUUCGGUGACAGAUGGCCUGUUCCAUUCCAUGAGGCUUCGCCUCAAGGAAUGGAACAUUCAUGAAAGUAUUCUUACCACUGCACUCACACAAACAUUCAUUUUUUGUAUAUUGCACAACGCCUGAAUACAUCUUGUAAAUCGCCGUCAUCUGACUGGUGGGUUGCUGAUCACAUGUCAUUGAAUUAUUGUCCGAACCCACGGCCCGGCCGCACCGCAAAAUGAGAAGUUCUAUUCCAUGGUAAAUAGAAGUUCCAUUGCACAGUCACAUGAUUGGUGGCUCUGACCAAUCAGAUGCCGAGAAUUUAUUCAAGUGUUGUACAAAACAAAUAUUCACAUUCACACAAUGGAAAGAAUUUUAUUCGGUGACAGAUGGAAUAUUCCAUUCCAUGAUUCCACUCGGUUUCGCCUCAUGGAAUGGAACAUUCCAUCUGUCACCUUAUGAAAUUAUUCUUACCAUUGCACUCACAAACAUUCAUUAUUUGUAUACUAUUCCACCUCUCAUCCCAUGUACUUUCAUGUGGUUUGACUAUUUUUAUCAUAAAGAGUUCUUUGCAUUGUAUAGACCAAUCUUAGGUUGCUCACUUUCUUUUUAAUACUGGGUUGGCUUUCCUCCAUUACUGGAACGCUCCAAAGCUCGCUACAGUAUUUCACACAAUUCACUCUUCUUUAGCGAUGUUCAGAGCUGCUGUGCAUACAAAACGCACAUGUGAUGGGCAUUCAGGUGUGGAAGCAUCCCAGUAAAGGCUUGGAUUGGUAUAUACUCGUAUGUACAUUGCACUCUUUAUGUAAUAAGAGAACUUACAUGCAAAUGUAUUAAAGGGAUUCAUUGGCAUUGUUAAAAUCAAUUUUGAUCUCGGCAUUUAAAAACUCUCUCUCCUUCCCUCAGUUGCCUUGGCAAGUACACAUUGAUGUAUUUGCAUUUUAACUGCUUCAAAAUACCUCAGAAAAAAAAACUUAACUUGCACAGUUUGUGUGUACCCAAGUUAAAACAAAGCAUUGUACACGAUCAAAUUUAGAAAUGCAUUAUUACUUUAGAAUUUUUGUGCAGUGCAUAAAACAUAAACUGUUUUUUUAUACUGAAUAUGACAAUGGGUGUUACACUUAACAAGCGCUGUUACAAAAGAAUCACAAAAAUGUAGUUUUUUUAGUCCAUAAUGGAAUCACUAUGUAGAAUUUAGCUAAUUCAGUGCAUUCCGCUGAACCGAGUUAUUGUACAUGUAAUCUGAAAGAUGCUUUAGAUAUUGUAGAUUUGAAAUAAAGAGCUUAUUUUAAUGAUAAUAAAACUGCUUUUAAAGCCAAAAAAAA